AUGACCCCCACUGGAGCCGCCGCCAAGCCGAGCGGGAGCAGAGCGGAGCCGCAGGAGAUGGCGUCUCAGCCGCCCCCUCCGCCGAAGCCCUGGGAGACCCGGAGGAUCCCCGGGGCUGGAACAGGACCGGGGCCUGGUCCCUCCUUCCAAUCUGCUGAUUUGGGUCCUACUUUAUUGACAAGGUCUGGGCAACCAACGCUUACAAGAGUACCCCCACCAAUUCUUCCAAGACCAUCUCAGCAGACAGGAAACAGCAAUCUGAACACUUUCAGACCUGCUUAUACUUCCUUUUCUUCUGCUUAUGGUGCAUAUGGAAAUUCCUUUUAUGGAAGCUACAAUCCUUACAGUUAUGGAUAUGGUGGGUUAGGGUAUAACCGGUUCCGUAUGGAUGAUCUUCCUCCUAGCAGAUUUGUGCAACAAGCUGAAGAAAGCAGCAGAGGUGCAUUUCAGUCCAUUGAAAGUAUUGUGCAUGCAUUUGCUUCAGUCAGUAUGAUGAUGGAUGCCACUUUUUCAGCUGUCUAUAACAGUUUCAGAGCUGUUUUGGAUGUAGCCAAUCAUUUUUCUCGAUUGAAAAUACAUUUCACAAAAGUGUUUUCAGCUUUUGCGUUAGUUAGGACUAUACGGUAUCUGUAUAGACGAUUACAGCAGAUGAUGGGCUUAAGAAGGGGCUCUGAGAAUGAGGAUUUAUGGGCAGAAAGUGAAGGUACUGUGGCUUGCCUCGGCCCAGAAGACAGAGCGGCUAACUCUGCAAAAUCUUGGCCAAUAUUCUUGUUCUUUGCUGUUAUCCUUGGGGGUCCUUAUCUCAUCUGGAAACUGCUAUCCACUCACAGUGAGGAAAUAACAGCUACUACCAAUUGGGCGAGUGGUGAGGAUGACCAUGUUGUAGCUAGAGCAGAAUAUGAUUUUGCUGCUGUAUCUGAAGAAGAAAUUUCUUUCCGGGCUGGUGAUAUGCUAAACUUGGCACCCAAAGAACAACAGCCCAAAGUCCGUGGCUGGCUUCUUGCUAGCAUUGAUGGUCAAACAACAGGACUUGUGCCAGCUAAUUAUGUCAAAAUUCUUGGUAAAAGAAGAGGUAGGAAAACAGUGGAAUUGAAUAAGAUUACCGAGCAGCAACGAGCUUUUACCAACCCAGCAUUAAUUAAUGGAACUACUGCUGCUGACACAUUGGAGGAGCAGGAAGCUGCCUUUGAAUCUGUUUUUGUUGAAAAUAAUAAGGUUCCAGUUACAUCUGAAUCCACUAGCAAAAGUGGGGAUAAACAAGAUCUUUGAUAUCCUACAUAUUUACUUACAAUUGAACUGUUUUCAAAAAUAAGUUUUUGAUAUUUCUUUAAAAGAAAUAGCCCACAAUCUAAUACAAACAUUUAUUUUGGCUAUUCUAGGAGUUUUGCUGCUAGAAAAUAUUUAAGUUGUACUUUAGUAAACUGGUUCAGAACGUGACCUGGUUGCAUUCUACAAGAUCCUGGAGUAGAAAGUUUUCUAGGUCCUGAAUUAAGACUGGUUGUUCUCAUCAAAUGCCCCGUUGUUUUUUGAAAGAGUUAUUUUGAUGAGCUAUAGAAUGUAUUAUUUAUUGGAAUGUAAAACUUGAUUAAAACUUCUAAACAGAUUGUCUCAGAAUCCUCAGAAAUUAGGAGAUAAUAUAAAAAUGUGAGAACUAGGCAAAAAAACAAUUUGUUGUUUUUUAAGGAUUAUAAGGACUCAAAGUGGUUUAAGGGCAGGUAGCCAGAGAGGUGUCCUGUAAGUAAUAACUACUGAAUAAUAAAAAUUAUUUGACCUUAUUGCAGCCCAGGUCUGCAUCUUGAGCUUUUGAUUAUAUUUUUCAACCUUUUCUGGAUAAUUUCCCAUUUGUCCUUUUUUUUUUUAUAAAUAUCUUGAAAAGUUCACUAGAAAAAUUGUGAAUAAAACUACUUCCUAGGAUAAUUUUAAAGACCAUACAAAGCACCUAAAUUUCACCUCUGCAUUUUUUUAAAACUCCAGAAUUUCUCUAUUUCUUUGUAGUGAGAAUCCUACAUCUUUUGAGUUCUUAAAAACAUGACCACUUUUUAUGAAGAAUCAGCAUGCAGUAGAGGUACUUUUCCCAAGAAAGCCUGAACAUAAAAGCUCUUUCAGACUGAGUAAAAUGAUUCAUUUAGUUCUUUAAAUGCUGAUAUUAUUAAUAACUUUUUCAUUAAAACCCUAUUUCUAUCUUAAUAUGAUUGAUUUUUUUUAAUUUCACAAGCAGAUAAUCCUGCAAAGAUAUUUAAAUUGCCAUAGGUUGUUUCGUUUAGACUUAGGAUUUUCAGCUAACAAAGCAAAGUAGACCACAAAAUACUAUAUUGCCAUUCUAUUAAGUAACCUACUUUGAGUUCUUUAAAUACUUUCAAAUGCACUAAAAUUCAGGGUGCUUAAUCUUCUAGCAAAAUCUGGAGAUUCUUGUAAACCAUGAUGACAAUGAUUGCUAAAAAUAAUUUUCUUUAACACUAAGCUCAAAAGAGUGCUUUCAGAUGAUGUCUAAAACUGAAUUAUUUAAAAUUAUGAAUUAGUAUGCUUUUACAUUUCUUCUCUUAAACUUUAUAUUCAGUAAAUGAGUAAUUUUAUAAUAGACUCUACAACAUGAGUAGCCUAAAUGAAAAGAAAUUUACUUAUGGACAUCUCUGAAAUUUGUUUUUAAAAUAAACAUUAUUUAAAUGAAUACUCCUAUCUUAUGAGAAAAAUGAAACAUCUUAGAAUUUUAAAAUGUUUGAGAGAGAAAAAGGUGUAGAUAAACUUCCUUGAUAUGUUACUUAGAGAUUCAGCCAAGAUAGAUGAAGAAGUCUUUAAAUGUUAUUUAUCAUUAUUGACUUUUUAAGUUUUUGUGGUUCAUUCUUAAAUGUAAUUGCUGGGAUCCAAUUCAUGGAAUUUCUAAAUCUCAUACCAAAAUUCAUUCUAAAGUAGGUUAUUUAAUUCGGUGUUGGAACAGCCAAAUUGAAUGGGAGUACAAUGGAAGUACAAAGCCCAGAAACUUGGUGGUGACCCCAUUAAAUCUGACAGAAAUAUAAUUUCUAGGCUAGGGAUUGUGCUUGCUAUUAAGAAUGGAGAAAUACCAGCGCACAAAGUAAAUAAAAGUAGAUAAAUAUAACUUUAUCUUCCAUUGAGGUAGUUCUUAUGUCCUUGAUGUUUUUUAGUAUGGUAGGUUGCUAUAAAUUAUCUGACUGGUGAGUGUAUGUUUGUAUGGGAAUCCCUAUUUUACUGGAAAACCAGAAAGGAAAUUAAGAAUUUUGAUGAGCAAAGAAAAUCUUUGAACUUUCUGUUAUCAUGACCAUUAAUAAUAUAAUUUUUCAGAUAGGGCUAAAUUUAUUUGCUGUUCAGGUCCCCAGUUUUUUUUUUCUUUUUCAAUUAUUCAAUUAAGGAGUGAAUAUUUUAAAGAAACUAUUAACCAUAACAUUUUCAAGUAAAAUAAUAUCCUCACAUUAUCAAUAAGCAGACAUUUAGCAUUCUCAGUUUUUCUGACUGUAUUCUUUGACCUAUCAACUUAAAGAAAACAAAGUAAGGAUACUGUAGUUUGUUAGUCAUUUACUGUUUCCUUUUUAGGUAUUUGAUUUAGUCUAUCACUGUGUCAUAACUAUAUUAACUUGAAUAAAAUUAUACUUUGUCUUGUGUUUUCUUAAUGAAAAAAAAGACAGAAAAUGGAUACAGUUAAAAUAUAUUUUAUUUUUUAAAUGAUUGUGAAAUCACAUGUACUGUAUAAAUAAAAAUAAAUUAAAACUUCACUGAUAA